AUGGACCAACCCAAGGAUAACGGGAUGGUCACAUCCCAGAUCGACCUUGAAGAAACAAAUGCAAAUGUUUCCGCCGAAAAGAAGGGUACCGCUGAUGACCAACGGGAUAUGUUUCGGUUGGGCAAGGCCCAGGAAUUAAGGCGAAAUUUCCGUUUCGUCUCUAUAUUCGGCUUCUCUAUGAUCUUGAUGAAUAGCUGGGAAACAAUACUUGGAACCUCUAUAAUUGGUCUCAUCAACGGCGGUACUGCAGGAAUGAUCUGGAUGUUCCUUGUCGCAUGGGUUGGAUUUCUGGCUGUUAACAUCUCUAUGGCUGAGAUGGGUUCGAUGGCACCAACAGCCGGCGGCCAAUAUCAUUGGGUUUCCGAAUUUGCGCCCAGACGAUAUCAGAAGUUUAUGAGUUUUAUCGUUGGUUGGUUCUGCGUGCUUGGAUGGCAAACCGGCGCCGCAAACACGGCGUUCCUGGCUGGCACCCAAAUCCAGGGCCUUGUUAUCCUCAACAAUCCUGCUUAUGUUCCGGAGAAAUGGCAUGGCACUCUCCUUACCUUCGCUGUGGCGACCUUUUCCGUCUUCUUUAACACCUUCCUGGUGAAACGGCUACCUUUGGUGGAGGGUAUCGUCCUGAUUCUGCACAUUUUCGGCUUCUUUGGCGUUCUCAUAACCCUCUGGGUCUUGGGUCCGAGGGGAAAAGCGUCCGAAGUCUUCACCACAUUCAACAAUUAUGGCGGUUGGAGUAGCGAUGGUCUAUCCGCCGUUGUGGGUGUAUUGGCUGUCAUGAUUCCUUUACUUGGCGCGGAUGGUGCAGUGCACAUGUCCGAGGAACUUCGAGAUGCAUCCAAAGUUCUACCACGCAGCAUGAUCUUGACAACUAUCAUCAAUGGUAGCAUGGGUUGGAUCAUACUCAUCAGCUUCUGCUUUACCCUGGGAAACAUCGAUGACGUAAUCAACUCGCCAACCGGUCAGCCUUACAUCGCUGUAUUUUAUACCGUUACCGAAUCUUAUGUCGGCGCCUCUGUUCUGUCAGCCCUCAUUAUAAUCCUUGCCAUUUUCUGCCAUCUAAGCAUAACCGCGACAGCCAGUCGUCAACUAUGGUCUUUCGCACGAGACCAAGGUAUCCCAGGACAUGCGUGGUUUGCACAUGUGCGACCAGGAUGGGAUGUACCCAUGAACAGCAUCAUUGUCUCAUGGGUCGUGUCCUGCCUGCUCUCCAUUAUCAACAUCGGUUCGACAAUCGCUCUUAACAACAUCACAUCUCUUUCCCUUGUGGCCAUCUUGUCCAGCUACAUCGCUUCGAUAGGUUGUGUUCUCUGGAAGAGGGUCUCUGGACAAGAGCUGCUUCCCGCUAAAUUCAGACUUCCACCACGCGUUGGUCUUGCACUGAAUGCAUUCAGCUUGUUGUUCCUCACUUUUGCAUUCAUCUUCGCCUUUUUCCCCGGCAGUCCGAACCCUACCGUCGAGAUGAUGAACUGGGCAAGUCUUAUCUAUGGGGCUGUUCUGAUCUUUGCUAUUAUCGACUACUUUGUUCGAGCGCGUCACGUCUACGAUGGCCCUGUCGAGUACGUGCGCAAAUUGAUUUGA